UUCCCUCUGGGGGCCGCUGCCCCUGAACCGGCCUAAAGCAGCAGCAGGAUGUUCGCAGGCUCAGGCUGUGUGCAAGGAAACAUGAGCAGGCGCAGAUAUUCAGAGUCCCGGGCCGAAAGCAGAGAAAAGCGGAGGAGGAGACGGCGGUCCGUUUAGGUUAGAGCUCAGAAACUCAGGCGGGGAACCUGUGAGCGGGGCAUGGGCGGCUGGGAGCAGGAUUAUUGUUCAGCACAGCCGAGAGACGCAGGAGGGAGCCGGGAAAGGAGAAACUCGGGGACGCUGGGACAGAGUUUUCCCUCCUCACACCUUUUGGAUCUGUGCGCAGCAGAGGGAGAGAUCUGCGGAGCGAGCGGCCAAAGAUGAACACCAUUGUGUUUAACAAGCUGAGCAGCCAGGUCCUGUUUGAGGAGAAGGCGAAGGAGGUGGAAAUGAGCAGCAGAAAUUACCUGGAAGUCAUCGACGGCCAACAUCCAGAUCUCCUCUGCAGCAGCCCGGCCAUCAGAGACAGCCAGGCGGUCAGACACAGGCGGAGCGGGGGUCGUCCCAGUGGCAGCAAAGUGCGGCACAAGCGCCAGGCCCUGCAGGACAUGGCACGGCCGCUCAAGCAGUGGCUCUACAAGCACAGAGACAACCCCUACCCGACCAAGACGGAGAAAAUCCUCCUGGCGCUCGGCUCGCAGAUGACUCUGGUUCAGGUGUCGAACUGGUUUGCCAACGCCAGGAGACGCCUGAAGAACACUGUGAGGCAGCCGGACCUGAGCUGGGCACUCAGGAUCAAACUCUACAACAAAUACGUUCAGGGCAACGCAGAGAGGCUGAGUGUCAGCAGUGACGACAGCUGCUCCGAAGAUGGAGACAACCCUCAGAGGACACAGAAUGGUCCUGAAUUUCUCCCCAAACCCUUGUACCAGAGCGUUAUCAAGACGGAGGGCUCCUCCAUGGUGGGUGUGGCCAUAGGGAUGGACCCAGGGCUGCGUUCUGCGGUGGAUGCCGCCUCUCUGGCUGAGGACUACGUGUCUCCACCCAAGUACAAGAGCAGCCUGCUGCACCGCUACCUGAACGACUCUCUGCGGCAUGUGAUGGUGGCCAAUGCCGUCAUGGAUGCUCGCAAGAGGAACCACUCUGGCUCCUUUAGCUCCAACGAGUAUGACGACGAGCUGCUGUCGCCAUCCUCCUCUGAAGCCGAGGCCAACUUGGUUUAUGGAGCCGAAACCACAGAGCAUGGAUCCAGGAAACGUGACCACAGCAACGGUGGCGUCGCAGCUACGCAGGAGGAAAAGGCGAAGGCCAAAGAUGUGACGCAGUGGAAGGAGAUCAACGCCGUCAUGGCCUUGACCAACUUGGCCCAGGGGAAGGACGGCGUCUCGGGAACAACCAGCUGCAUCAUCCAGAAGUCCUCUCAUAUCGCUGAAGUUAAGACGGUUAAAGUGCCAUUUGUGACGAAGUUUUAGCUGUGACGCUACUAAUCUAUGCAAAGCAGUAAACAUUCCUCUCUCAGUAAACUGAACAGAGACCAGAAAGCCUUCCUGGCAUCAAACAACCGGUGUUGAAAGAGACUGGGCUGGUGGAGAAAAAGAAACAUAUUUUGGACUUUUAUGAAAUUCCUUUUCAUAAAAACAAAACUUUAUUAAUGUUAACUUAUUUUUAUAAAUCUCUUUUUUUAGUAAAGAAAUAGUAUUUUCCAAAGUGCCUUUUUCUUUUUCAGCAGCUCUGUUCUGCGACUGUGAGCAAUGGAACAUAUGAUUACAGAGAUUAGUGCUGGAAUGUUUUGUCGGGUGAGGGCUCUUAGUACAAUUCAGGAUCUGCUCCUUGUAACAUUUUGUACCUUUGGGACGGAGUGAGCUCACUGACACUGCUAAACUCAAACAGCUUGCCUCUGAACGGAUCCUUAGUGGAAGUGCCUCAUGUUCUUAUUUUGACUGGAGUUUCCAUUUUGGCUGUAAACAGAACCCCCUUUUACCACCGUCAGACUGUGGCUACUGGCACGCGAUCAGCGACUUCUGAAUACGGAGAUAAGCGAAAAGUUUUCUCCACCUCAUCAUCACAUCCUGACCUUGUUCCAUCAGCCGCUGAAGGAUUCUGCUCUUAUCAAGCUGCAUAGCUCCUGAAAUGUGCACAGCUGGUCAGCUGAACCUAAAGCCACUAUCACCCACACGGCCCGGCGGAUACAUGCAGGGCCACUACUUCUGUAAAUGACUGCUUUGACUCUAAAAGGGAUGUUUUCACUUUACAUUACAAGUCUGCAAUGCAAAUGAUGUUAGCCUUUAACAUGUCUGCACAGAAUAAUAUUGUCUGGUAUAAAGAAACAAACUGAAAGAAAAGCCAACCUUUGCUCCCUCUCUGCCUUUUGAUCCACAGCCUCCCCAGAUGUUCGGCAUUACUUUCAAAUUGCUGUUUACAAGAAGCCUGGGGAUAGGCUUAAAAAUCUAACGUUCUCCUCCAAUGCCUAUUUUUUCCACCCUGCACUUCAUUACAGUAUUAUUUCUUUGUCAGCCAAGCAAGUGUUGAAAGCAUUUGUUAUGACUGCCUCUAUGUGUCUUAUUUUGUUCUUGAACAAACCGUCUCUGCUGAAUGUGUUGCAUUAAAAUCCUCUCUGUAAUCCAAUGGAAAAAAUCU